GAAGGGACGUUCCGGCAAUACAAAUCACAAGCAUGGCGCCUCCCGCCGAAAUCUCCAUCCCCUCGACGAUUCUUUCCACCGGCGAGUCGAAACCUUUCACCCUCUACAACAUCACCCUGCGCCUGCCACUGCGCUCCUUCGUCGUCCAGAAGCGCUAUUCCGACUUUGCCAGCCUCCACAGCAGCCUGACGACGCACGUGGGCUCGCCACCGCCGGCACCUCUACCCCAGAAGUCGUGGUUCAAAUCGACAGUCUCGUCGCCCGAGCUCACCGAGAACCGCCGUCGCGGCCUGGAGCACUACCUCCGCACCAUUGCCGAAUCGCCCGACCGCCGAUGGCGCGACACGCCCGCCUGGCGUGCCUUUCUCAACCUCCCGUCGGGCGGCUCGGCCCGCCGGCUCGGCCAUCUCGUCAGGCGCCUGACGGACGGGCUCAAGGCCAUGCAGGAGGGCGGGCGGCUGGGCGAUGGCGAGCUGCGGCGGCGGCGCGACCUGCUGUCGAGCGCCAAGGUCGAGAGGGAGGGGCUCGACAAGCUGAGCAACAGCUUCGGGUCGGCGCAGGUCGGCCACCAGGGCCAGGGCGGCGGCGGCGGCGGGCGCGAGGGCAUCGCCCGCGCCGGCGGGGGGACAAAGGCGGCGCUGCUCGGGGGCGGCGGCGUCGCGGGGCAAAGGACCGGUGGCCGCCGUGCUUCGGCGCGCCGCUGCCCGAGACAGAGAGGGACGCGCGAACUCGACAACGAGGGCGUGCUGCAGCUGCAGAAGCAGAUGAUGGGCGAGCAGGACCAGCAGGUCGAGGGCCCUCGGCGCCAUCAUCCGCCGUCAAAAAGGAGAUGGGCUUGCAGAUCAACGAGGAGAUUGAGGCGACGACCGACAUGCUCGACCGCAUGA